UCUCUAUCAAAUUUUAAAUAUGCAUGUGAGCUAAUACUCAAUCGCUCUUCUCACACAUUAGGCUCCAAAAUCAGCCUGAGAUUUUUUUCUCUCUUCACUUGAACAUCCGCUUUUGUGUGGGGUUAAGAAAAAAAAAACAGGGCUUCUUUUUUUUUGUUGUUGUUGACAUUUCAGAUAAAAAAAACAAUGUUGCGCCGAAUUUCAACCCUUAACCUGACUCAGGCUACUUCUUUUGCAAAGACACAAACUCUUUGGAAGCCCAUUCCUAUUUGUUUACAGCAACAAAGAUUUGCUGGUCACAACAAAUGGAGUAAGGUCAAGCACACCAAAGGAGCCAAAGAUGCCAAGAAAAGUAUCUUGUUCUCAAAAUUAUCACUAGAAAUUGUUUCUGCAGCAAGAGCUGGUGGAAUUGAUCCCUUGAACAAUAAUAAGUUACAAGCCAUUUUGAACAGAGCAAAAGCAGCCAGUAUGGCAAGAGAAAGUAUAGAAAAUGCAUUAAAGAAGGGUGGUGAUAGAAAUAAGGAUGACCUUGAAAGUGUCUUAUAUGAAUGUGUUGGUCCUGGAGGCAUCGCAUUGAUUGUUGAAGCUUUGACGGAUAAAAAAUCACGUACAGUCAAGGAAGUUAAAGAAGUCUUAAAUCGUGUAGGAGGUUCUGUUACAUCUGUCAAUUACUUAUUUGAGAAAAAGGGCAAGGUUGUAUUCACCCCAGGUGAAUCUGGUCAUUCAAUGGAAGAAAUCAUGGAUAUUGCUAUUGAUUGUGGUGCUGAAGAUAUUGAAGAGGACCCAGAGGAAAAUUUGGUUGAAGUGAUUUGUGAAUUCUCAGAUUUAAAUACAGUCUCAAAGGCUUUAAUGGAUCAUAAAUACGAAGUUCAAGAGAUCGAGGCCACUUAUAUUCCUUUAAGUUCAGUCGAAGUCGAGGAUAAAAACACCAUUGAAUUAGUCGAGAAGUGUUUGGAUGAUAUGGAGAGUUUGGGUGAUGUUGUUAAAAUUCACUGCAACGCUGUAAUCAAUUAAAAGAAAUAUAGAUGUAGAAUAUUUAUUGUUAGAUAAAAAAAAGAAA